AUGGAUUUGCAGAAAGCAUACAAUACUGUUGAGUGGAGUGCCCUUGAGAACAUUAUGAAGGAACAUAACUUCCCUCAGAAAUUCAUUGACUGGACAAUGAUCUGCAUUGAAACUGUGUCCUAUAGAUACACUAUCAAUGGUCAAGCUAGCAAGAUCCUCAAGGCAAAGAGAGGGCUGAGACAGGGAGAUCCCAUCUCACCUCUUCUCUUUGUUUUGAUAAUGGAAUAUCUCCAUAGAUGUAUGGUAAAGCUGAAGGAUAACUCUCACUACAAAUUCCACCCUAAAUGUGCAAGAAUGAGAAUAUCAAACAUCUGUUUUGCUGAUGACCUACUGCUUUUUGCUAGGGGUGAUGAAUCUUCAGUUAUCCAAAUGAUGACAAUGUUCCAGCAUUUCUCUGCAACCACUGGAUUGAAGGCUAAUCCUAAGAAAUGUAAAGUGUAUUUUGGAGUGGCAGCCUACUGGAUGCAAGUGUUUCCCCUGCCUAAGAAGAUUAUCCACCAAGUGGAGGCAGUGUGCAGAGACUUCCUGUGGAGUGGCAAGGAGAAUAGUAAGAAAGCCCCUAUAGCCUGGGACAAAGUGUGUGAUCCUAAGAGUGCUGGAGGGUUGAAUAUCACAGCUCUUGAAGAUUGGAACAAAGCAACAAUGCUUAAGCUCCUAUGGAACAUCCAUGGGAAGAAAGACAAGUUGUGGGUCAAAUGGCUCGAUGCGUACUAUAUGAAAGGCAGAGACCUCUUUCAGAUUCAGAACCAGGCUAAUUGGUCUUGGAUGCUUAAACAGAUUCUAAAGGAAAGAGAUGAUAUUGAAGAUAGGCAGACAUGGAGCAACAUCCUUCACCAAGACAGGUUUCACACCAAGCAGUGGUAUCAAGCAAUAAGGGGAGAGAAAGAACAGUUGCCAUGA